GUGACGUCAAACAACAAACAUACAAACAAAUAAAUCUUCAACGUGUCAAUAAGCAUUCAAAUGAUGUAAAACAUUUGUUUAUUUCAUCGAUUUGUCUACUGGCAGUGUAAUUGCGGCGUUCAACGGCAAACAAACAAAUGUCAUGUACAUGGAUGUCUGGACGGGGUCAGCAAGAGCAGAGCAAUGCAUCAUGGGAAACACACAUCUUCAGCUCAGUAAUAAGGCUUCCUCUUAAGGAAGACAAACUGCACGCCAUGGGGAGCUGAAAUCAAUGUCGUUGACGAGUUGCCUCAGGGUGUAAUGGAUUAAUAGCAUUUCAACAAGCAUUGACUAUUGGCUUCCAGAAAUCUGAGACAAUAUGUACCCUUGAUGUUGAAUGAUAAAACUCAUAUCAUUUAAAAAUCAGUAAGAAUCCGUUUGUUCAUCAGAUCGCAUCGGGGGAUUCACUCUGCAAGUUUAACAUGGCUAGUGUUCAGAUGAUGUUUGAUCUUGUCCUGAUUAAUACCCUCCCUACCAAUUACAUGGCGGUUGUGAAGGUGGACAGUGUACUUGACUGUGCCCAUGAAUGUAUACGUGAGUCUACGUGUGAGGCCAUGGCGUUCAGCACCCUUUAUACGGCGUGUUAUUUGUACCAGGGAAGCAUUCAGGCGGAUCCCUCGGCAACUUCUAAUAUGGACUUCUUGAUAUACAACUUUAAAAGAGGCCCGGAGUGCAAUGGAGUUUUUGCAGGAAUUCCAAAACCCCUGUACCCGGUCUGUCCUAUUGGUAAUGGCUACAACUAUAAACCUAAAAUGAACGUUUGUUACAAAUACCACACCAAUAAAGUAACGCACCAAGUGGCCAAGAGCACAUGUAUCAGCGAAGGAGGUUCCGACCUUCUCAAGGUUGACACAAACAAGAAACAGAAUUUCUUCAAAGACAUCGUGCCAUCAGGCUCAUACGCGUACAUCCAAGGAGAUCGGAUUGGCAACACGGGGCAAUGGGUGUACUGGGAGGAGACAACGGCGGUCGUGAUGACAAACACUAAUUGGGCAAGCGGUCAGCCAAACGGGGCCUCAAACGGUCAAGACUGCAUAGCCAUAGAUACUACUGGUCAGCAUGACGCCAGGUGUGACUACAUUAACUACUUCUUCUGUGAAAAAUACAUGUAACCAAUCAUUUAAUACUCUGGUUGGGGAGGCUUGGGGUUUGAAAAAAAAUGUUGCAGGAAAAAAUGGGGAGAAAAAAUUAAUCUUCAGGUUUUAGAAAACCCCACAUAAUUAUGAAAACGUAAUAAUUGUCUGUCCAUAUGUUGUCAAAACGUGUUAUUACGCAUGGGUCCCCAGGCUCGUACACAUGAUGGUUGUAAAAGACGAGUGUCUUCGUUCCCCAAAUGGCGUGAACGUUGCUCACAAUAUCGACCAGCACACAGCUGGUAUAUUGCUCAGUGCGGUAUUAAACAACAAAAUCAGUUAUUAUGUACGAUAUAUUUGACACUUAUUGUUAAUAUGUCGUCAUUGGACUUUAGCGGGACGCUAUGUCUGUCCCACAACUGCUGUUGUGCCAGACAAAGGAGAUUUAUUUAACUGUUGUAUUUACAAUGUUGAUUGGCGCAAUUGCAUCUGCUAUCGAAUAUUCAACCGACAGGAUAUUAUAUUAGCAAGAGCUUAUAAAAGAAUGUUUAAAAAUAUUCAGUUACCUGGCAUCGAAUAUCAAUAAUACCAUUGCAAAUUUACUUAAUAAACAACUACACUAAAUCCGAUUAAUAAGUUCGCAGGCUCAAUUUCUUUCACGUUCAUUCCGAAAUGUUUUCUGUACACAUGCGUUUGUGUUUUGCAGUCAACGAUAACACAGAACCCAUACAAGUGUAAAAAUGACGUAAAAGAGAUGAAAUUUCGUCUCAUGUCCUGAUGUCAUCAGGUACAAACAGCAAUAUUCUAAAUUUUAAAUAAUGCCUUGUUUGUUGUUUGUUUCAUCUUUUGGAUACUUUGUGUAAAUAUACUCAUUUUCGCGGGUCGCUGAAUAUUACUUUUAUCUCAGAUCAAUAAUGUUGACUGUGGUACUCACAGUCCGUGUGUGCAUGUUCUCUAUAUGAAAUAACACGAUGACAUAGAAGCUUAUUGUUUCGCUGGAAAGUAUGCUUCAAGUAACCGCAAACAAGCCGUUUCUAUGUGUUUUGAUGAAGCUGAAAUGUUUACCAACAUGUCAGAUUUAGAAGUAGUUUCUUAUGUGAUCAAUAUGAAUCUCACACACCGUCACGUAUGACAGAAAACCUUUGCAAUCAAGAUGAAGUCAGAACAUCAAUAUCACAACAAAGGGAAAUAUAUCUAUAAUAAUUGAAGUGUCCACAUCCACCUACCGAGCUGGAGCGUAAACUGUUAAAACAGCCCGUAUACAAAUGUGUUGUUAAAGUAUGUCCAAUAUUGUUUGUUAUAUAUUUUGUAAUAUGCCUGCAUUUGCUUCCUAAUGAUUUCUAAUGAGGACUUGUGCAUACAAUUAGAACACAAUGCAAAUGAAGGUGUACAUAAUUUUUUAAAGAUGACACAAUCCUUAUAGGUUGUUACAAGAUGUUAUGAAUGUUU